UUUUGCUGUUUCAGGUUCGAUGCCCGGUGGGCUUGGUGCUCCAGAAAACAUCACGAUAACGUUCUUAAACCCGACUACUGUAAGGGUGUCUUGGGCAACCACGUUGAGCAACGUCGACAAGUAUGAUAUCACGUACAAACCGACCGAUGCCAGUUACAGGGUGGUGGCAAUUGUGGCUGGAAACAGCGAUGCGGUGACCCUUUCCAACUUGAAUCCAGACACGCAAUACCAAUUAACCGUAUCCGCAGUGUGGGGAGGAAGGAAAUACAGAAGCAGGCCUAUCGUCUUCCGGACCCUGGAGCCUCCCAGGUCUUCACCUCAGCAGGAAUCCAUGGCUGUAGCAGCAGGUGUGAGUGCAACUUCGCAUACGACCAUCAUCACCUCAACCACGUCCACCACUGAUUCUUCGACGACAAAAUUAUCCUCAACAGAAACGUACGUCCCAGUGGAUUAUCCGCAAACUAGUUCGACGGUAAGUGGAUUUUCUAUUCUGGACAGAUGGACACAUUCAGCUCUCUGGCCCAUUAUUUUCUUCGGAAAAGUUAAGGAUUCCUCCAGGGAGAAGAGGUUUGUUACGGCGGAAGAGUUUUCCGGUCCUUGCCCAUGUAAAAUGGAUGAAUUUCUGAAAUGGGGAAACAUCUGGGUUCAUGCGUUAUUAAAAUGGCAUCACUUGGGAACAUUAGUCUUUGCUAAAAUUAGACUUGGGAAGUUUCGCUGGAAGCCCGAGGAGAAAUGACGAUGAAAGCUUUCAG